AAUAUCUCAAUUCUCAACUCAACCAAAACCAUUAAAGCCAAAUAAAGCUUGAGCCAAAUCAGAGCCACAACGGCUCCAAGAUUUUUAAUUUCAUCAUCGUAAACAGCGUCCGACGUGGACUCAGAAAACGUACGACCACAGUCCUACGUGGCGGAGCGGCUUCCCAGUGAAGCCAAGGCUCUACACCAACACGCCGUAUCUUCUUCACUGCCUAUAUAAACCCCUCUCGAUCAUCAUCAUAAGGUCCACACUCACUCCUCCACUCCCCUCUUCUCUCAGCAAUCUCGAGUUUAACAUUCUCGCAGUUUAUCUGUUCGAUAAAUUGCUCCAAUGGCUAACCGGGCCGCGAUUCUUGCUGUUUUCGCCGCAUUUGCGAUGGUGGGCCUCGCGAGUUCCUCAAAAUUCGACGAGCUCUUCCAGCCCAGCUGGGCCUUCGAUCAUUUUACCAAUGAAGGAGAAGUUGUUAACAUGAAGCUUGAUCAUUUCUCUGGAGCUGGAUUCUCUUCGAAGAGCAAGUAUUUGUUUGGGAAAGUUACUGUGCAGAUUAAGCUUGUUGAAGGUGACUCUGCUGGAACUGUCACUGCUUUCUAUAUGUCAUCAGAAGGCCCUUACCAUAACGAAUUUGAUUUCGAGUUCUUGGGCAACAAAACAGGGGAGCCUUACCUUGUCCAAACUAAUGUUUAUGUCAAUGGCGUUGGCAACAGAGAGCAAAGAUUGAACCUUUGGUUCGACCCCACUACAGAUUUCCACUCUUACUCCAUUUUCUGGAACCAACGCCAAGUUGUAUUCUUGGUGGAUGAGACUCCUGUCCGUGUGCACUCAAAUUUAGAGCACAAAGGCAUCCCUUUUCCCAAGGACCAAGCAAUGGGAGUCUACAGCUCAAUUUGGAAUGCUGAUGAUUGGGCCACACAAGGUGGGCUUGUGAAGACGGAUUGGUCCCACGCCCCCUUCGUGGCGUCCUACAAGGGCUUCGAGAUCGACGCGUGCGCGUGCCCCGAGGUGGCUGCUGCCGACGUCCAGAAGCAAUGCAGCAGCAGCGCCGAUAAGCGGUAUUGGUGGGAUGCGCCGACCGUGUCGGAGCUCAACCUCCACCAGAGUCACCAGCUUGUGUGGGUGAGGGCGAAUCACAUGGUGUAUGAUUACUGCUCCGACACGGCUAGGUUCCCCGCCACCCCUGUCGAGUGCCAGCACCACCGCCACUAGUGUGUGUUUGUGUGUGUUUUGGAAUUGUAAAAUAGGGCUUGUCCAUGUUUCAUGCAUAGCUUGUCAUCUACGUUAUCUUUCAACUUUUCUCUGUAAUAUACUUUCAUUUCAUUAGUUUUAUAAUAAAUCUUUGUUCCUUGCAA